AUGGAACUGGAUUUCAAAUGCAUCCUGUUGCUGGCAGUGCUGUCAACUGUGACAACACUCACUACAGUAACCGAUGACGAAUUCCCCCCAAACUAUGAGUUAAGAGAUGGCCAGAAGUUCGACUACAUCGUAGUGGGAGCUGGGGCGGGGGGCACUGCUGCAGCUGCUCGACUUGCUCUAGCUGGUCAGGAUGUACUGCUCAUUGAAGCUGGGGGAGACCCACUCCACUUAGCCAAGAUUCCAGCCAUGUCAGUUGCGCUGCAGGGUUCAAUAAUAGACUGGCAAUAUAAGACCAUAUCAAACAACGUGUCGUGUCUUUCGUCUAUCGGCCAGCAAUGCCGUUUUAGUCGCGGCAAGUGCCUCGGAGGAUCCACUUCCAUCAACUACAUGUUAUAUACACGUGGUAACAGAAAGAGUGACUUCAAAGAUAUCACAAGACCAGGCUGGACUUUCGAAGAUCUCAUGCCCUACUUUCUUCGUUACGAAGGUUUGCAAGACCUAGACAAACUCCCACCUUCUUCUAAAUCUUAUCAUAACACAAGUGGAUUAAUGCGUAUCGGCUUUUUUGGUGACCCGAAAAAUCGUUGGCAUUCCAGAUUAAUAAAUUCUUUCCGGGCUUUGAACUUCCCUUUUAAUCCAGAUGUGAACGCUGCGUCACAAAUAGGUGUGACCAUAGCUACGGGCUAUACCUAUGGCGGAGAACGGAUGAGUACAGCGCGAGGAUACUUAGCCAGAGAAGAUGUUAAAAACACGCUUAAGGUUGCUAAGAAUACCAUGUGCACAGGAGUUCUUAUAAACAGAAAAAACAUUGCUACCGGCAUUACCGCUGUUCAAUUCUCAAAUAAAAUAAAAUUGUAUGCUGAAAAAGAGGUCAUACUAAGUGCAGGUACACUUGGAACUCCUCAAAUACUGAUGUUAUCAGGCAUCGGGCCAGCAGAUCAUUUAAAAACUAUGAACAUACCAGUGAAAGUAGAUUUGCCCGUUGGGGAUAAUCUAACUGAUCAUGCCUUACCCUUGCUUUUUCUUAAAAUUGGCAAACGCGGGCAGAUUCUUGCAAACUUAAAGACACUAAUAAAGACAGUCACACAACUAUCGGAAUAUUUGAAGGAAAGACAAGGUGCUUUCACAUCAAACGGUCUUACUGAUGUUAUUGCGUUUGUAAACACACAUUGCUAUGAUUUCCAACAGAGAAGACUUCUCAACGUUAGCUUUGAUGGUAGUGACUGUGAAGUGCCGAACUUAGAAAUUAUUAACGCAUUUUUAGAUAGAAAUGUACUACCAAUUGCAAAACCACUGGUCCAAAAUAUGGUUGGCUUAAGUUCAGGUGUAAUCGAUCAGCUAAGCGAACUGAACAAAGAGUUCGCAUUUAUUGCGAUGAGUCCAGUCCUACUACGACCUUAUUCAUCAGGCACGGUGCGGCUCAAAAAUAGGAAUCCAUUAUCGCCUCCAGCUAUAUACGCGAACUAUUUGAGCGAUGAAAGAGACGUAGAUGAAAUGGUGCGAUCAAUCCGGCUUGUGGAACAAUUGACAGAGACACCCGUGUUCAAGCGAGGUAAAGUAUCAAUUGUUCAAUUCGAUCUGCCUGGAUGUCCCCAUCAUAAGUUAAACUCCCAAAAUUACUGGCGGUGUUACGUACGACACCUGACAUAUCCAGUAUACCAUGCGGUGGGUACAGUAUCCCUGAACACCGUACUAGACGAGCGGCUACGAGUUCUUGGCGUGAAGCGUCUUCGAGUCGCUGAUCUGAGUGUGCUGCCUUCACUACCACGCGCCAACACUGAGGCUGUAGCUGUUGCUAUUGGAGAAAGAGUGUCUGAAAUGUUACUUGCGGAUAAUCAAUAG